CACGUGGUUACAUUCUCUGACAGUCUACAAACGAAAUCCAGGCUCAAUCGCAACGCCUCAGAAUCGCCCUUCCUCCAUUUACCGCCUGAGCUCAGAAACCGCAUCUACUCGUACGUGUCUACCAGCAUCACAUUACCCGUUUGUAAACCCUUUGGUCGCUGGGGCAGUUCCUGAACUGAGACUGACAGAACGCUGGCGAAAGCUUGCAGAUUAAUAUAGUUGCAGUUGGUCAACGUUGUUGCAGAGGCACCAGCAGCAGACAACGUCGCGUGUAGUCAAGGACUCUAAGCAGCAUAAACUUAACCCACAACAAGAGGCAGAGCUUGUAAAAUAUAUACAAGAACUCACUACCUGUCGCUUACUACCUACAAGAGAGAUAAUACGAAAUUUCGCCUCUGCUGUGGCGCAGGAGACGCUCUCUGAUAGCUGGGUCACUCGCUUCCUCUACUAUCACAACAACUGCCUCCUGCCACGUUAUGCCACUGCUAUGGACUCUGAUUGCCACUACGCCGAGUUAUAUACUAAGUAUAAACAGUACUUUAAUAUACUUUACCCCAAGAUUAAUAAGUACAACGUAGAGCUAGAAAACACAUACAAUAUACACAAGACGGGCUUUAUAAUAAGGGUUAUUAGCAGGUAAAAAAGAGUAUUUAACAAGCGUUAAUAUAAGAGG